AUGUCUUCUGAUUUUAUUGCGGUGAAAUUCACGGGUAAGAACUAUUUUGCCUCGGAAUUUCAAUUUCGUUUAUUUGUUAUGGGGAAAGAGUUAUGGGGUCAUAUUGAUGGGAGUAAUAAGGCUCCUAUGGAUGUUUCUAAACUAGCUCAGUGGCAAACCAAAGAUGCUCGAGUGAUGACAUGGAUUUUAGGAUCAAUGGAUCCUAUUAUUGUUCUUAAUCUAAGGCCAUGUAAGACUGCAAAAUCUAUGUGGGAAUACUUAAAAAAAGUAUAUAAUCAAGACAAUAUUGCUCGAUGUUCUCAAUUAGAGUACGAGAUUGCUAGUUAUACUCAAGGUGAUCUCUCCAUUCAGGAUUAUUUUUCUGGAUUUAAUAAUAUUUGGGGAGAAUUUACUGACAUUAUUUAUGCCAAGGUACCAGAAGAUUCUCUCUCAGUUGUGCAGGAAAUUCAUGCGCAAAGCAAGUGA